CAAUUUCCUUCCCAUGAAAAUGGAGCCGGAUUUAUUCGUGACUCUGUCUGCAUCGGCCGGGACCACGUCGGACUCCCUGCUGACAUUUGGGGACCUGUUCCCGGAGCAGAAGGGGAAGUACUUCCUCAUGGACCUGGAGAAAGUGUCGGAGGAAUCCAGGGGGCAGGUGGCUGGUCCCGAUCUGGUGCUGCUUCCUCCGGAGACCUCCCCGCAGCCCUCGGUGCUUCUAGGGCCUGUUCUGCAGGAAACGGGGUCUGUGGCUUUCCAGCAAGUUUUGGGGGAGGUGAAGCUCCACCAGGACUUAUUUUCUGAAGGGCCCAUCAAAUAUUUGUAUCGGUUAGAAAAUCAGGACCUCUGUCUUUUGGACCAAGAAUCCAAUACUUCCGUCGCUGACAUCGAUCAGGAUUUAUCUGUUAGUGACAAGCAGAUGUCUUUGCUAGGUGUGGUUAAUGAUUCUUCUACCUUGGUGCGGGAUCCGGUAGUUUCCGACCGGUUAACAGGUUCUGAAGAGCAGGAGCGGGAGGACCUUUAUGCUCUUGCUUUGGGCCCUCCUCGGUCACCUCCACAGGAUUUACGGUUGAGCAUAGAAUUUAGGGAGCAGGAAUCAUGUACGGAAAACCGCCUUCGAGAAAGUGAUGACAUUCUUCAGGAUCAAAGAGAUUUGUACUUAGGCAUGGACCAGGCUACUUGCCCGGACACCAAAACCCAGCUCUCAGGACUUGAUCCAGCUUUUUCCUGGACUAAAGAGCCGGAGGAUUAUGUGCCCGAAAGAUGCCAGAAAAGUGUUUCAUUAAGUGCGGAUGAUUUAAAUCACAGUUACCAAAUUAGUAAUGAAAUAAACUUCUUUCCCUCUUACACUACUUCCACUUUGUGUGAUCUGAAGUUAGAUAUAGUUCAGAAUAACCUGGGCCAAUCCUCUGAUUUCAACCAGACUGAACCAAUUCCAAAUGAGCCUUCAGGGUGUCCGGAAGAUGGCCCUCGCCUCAGAGCUGUAUUUGAUGCCCUAGACAGAGAUGGGGAUGGUUUUGUCCGAAUAGAAGAGUUUGUUCAAUUUGCUACAGUUUAUGGUGCAGAACAGGUGAAGGAUUUGACUAAAUAUCUGGAUCCCAGUGGACUUGGUAUCAUCAGUUUUGAAGAUUUUUUUCGAGGGAUUACAGCUAUCAGCAAUGGAGAUCCUGAGAGCCAGGUGUAUGACAUUCGAUAUGUCCAGGAAGAUUCCCAUGCCUGCCCUGAUGAGUUUGAUGACUUUGUUACUUAUGAGGCAAAUGAGGUGACAGACAGCGCUUACAUGGGUUCAGAGAGUACUUAUAGUGAAUGUGAAACCUUUACAGAUGAGGAUACCAGCACACUGGUACAGCACGAAAUGCACAACGAAGUAGAGACAGACAGCGCUAUUGAUUCUGCUGGUCACUCAGAGUGCCCAGAUGGCAUUGAAGAACCAGAGAAUGGGCCGUUGCUUCUUACACCUGACAAAUCCCGCCCACAUGACCUAUCCUUGAGCUCUGAUAUGAACAACCACUCCAUCGUUACAGUGAUCAGUGGGGAGGAGCACUUUGAAGAUUAUGGAGAAGGGAAUGAGGCAGAAUUGUUUUCUGAUAACUUGUGUAAUGGAGAAUCCAGCUUUAGCAGCUCUUUUCUUUCUCCCAGUACCAACCCACUUGCUGCCAAACUGCACAGCAUUCUCACUGAUGAGGCGUUUGAAUUUUACUGUAGCCAGUGUCACAAACAAAUCAACCGCCUUGAGGAUCUUUCUGCUCGCCUGAAUGAUCUUGAAAUGAAUAGCCCAAAUAAACGACUCUCCAGUAAGAAGGUAGCAAGACAUCUCCAUCAAACUGGGAACCUGACUGUAGAGGCUAUGGAGGAAACUUCUCAGGAUCUUAUGGACUGUACAGAUGAGGACAUUGCCGACAAGGUCAUCUUCUUGGAGAAGAGAGUGACGGAACUAGAGAAGGACACAGCGGCAAAUGGCGAACAACACAGCCGGUUAAAACAAGAAAACCUGCAGUUAGUGCACAGAGCCAAUGCCCUUGAGGAGCAAUUAAAGGAGCAGGAAUUGAGAGCUGAUGAGAUGAUCCUUGAAGAAAUCAGAAAGCAGAAGGAACUCCUGUGCAAGAUGGAGAGAGAAAAAAGCAUUGAAAUUGAGAAUCUCCAAGCCAGAUUACAGCAGCUGGAUGAUGAAAACAGUGAGCUGAGAUCCUGCACCCCAUGUUUGAAGGCCAAUAUCGAGAGACUGGAAGAGGAAAAGCAGAAAUUGCUGGAUGAAAUAGAAGACCUAACCAUUCAACUCAAUGAAGAGCAGGAAAACAAAAGGAAAAUGGGAGAUAAACUGAGCCAUGAAAGGCAUCAGUUUCAGAAAGACAAGGAGUCAACGCAGGAGCUGAUUGAGGACCUCAGGAAGCAGUUGGAGCACUUACAACUGUUUAAGCUGGAAGCUGAGCAAAGACGAGGCCGGAGCAGCAGUACGGGACUCCAGGAAUACAACAGCAGGACCCGAGAGACUGAGCUGGAACAAGAAAUCCGCAGGCUAAAGCAGGAUAAUCGAAAUCUAAAGGAGCAGAAUGAUGAGUUGAAUGGGCAGAUUAUAAACCUCAGCAUCCAAGGCGCAAAAAACCUCUUCUCUGCCUCUUUCUCGGAGUCCCUGGCGGCUGAGAUCAGCUCUGUUUCACGUGAUGAGCUGAUGGAGGCAAUUCAAAAACAGGAAGAGAUCAACUUCCGUCUCCAGGACUAUAUUGACAGGAUCAUUGUGGCGAUCAUGGAAACCAACCCCUCUAUCUUAGAAGUGAAGUAAAGGAAUGAAAUGCUGCCCCUCCAAUCCUGGUGACCUGGUGUGACCUUGCUGCUCUGAGCUUCAGGAGGCCCUGCUAAGCUCUCUAGACCACUAAGGUCUCAUCUCCAUCAAGGGGCAAGGAGGAUCACAUCCCAUUGCCUGAACCAGCCCAGAGCUAUUGAGAGAAAAGCAGAUACAGCUUUGGUUUGGGGUGCUACCCUUGCUUGACCUAGCAGGGUGAAGGGGAGUGUAGUCAAACAGAACAAGAAGCAGGGGAAAGAUGGAGAAAUGGGAAGGAGGAAGAACACUGCCUCCUCGCCAGUGGCACCCUCUGAGUACAAAGUUAGAAAAAUAGGCAAUGAUUCAAUGAGUGUGAUUUGAUUCUCCACCUUUAUUCUGGCAGAUUCCUUUAGCUCUUGAGAGAAAAGGCUUCUCCAAGUAUCUUGCCAUAUUAGAUAGACUAGUUAGAUUCCUUCUGACUCCAGCAAACCAGUCCCUAUGAAUCCCCAAAAGCCCACUUAAAUUCUGAAAUGCUCCCGCUUCUAUCCAGCUCUUUUGGGCCCAGUCUCCCUCACAGGUAAUGUGCGGACAGGUCUGCAGGGGAAUAGUGUUUUGAUCCAGUGCUGCUAAGGUGCUUGUGCAGGUAGGUUCCUCCCUUAAGCCUUGCUUGGCUUCUGCCUCCACACUUCAAGGAACAUCCCUGGAAAGUGACUGGCUGAUUUUUAGUGGAAUAAAAGGGAAAGGAAGCUGUUAGACUUCCUCUUCAGACAUGCACUGUGCAUUCUGACUUCAUUUUGAACCCAUCUGUGACACAUGUGAUCCAGACAGUUCCUAUUUGAGGUCAAGUUGAUUUUAUUUCACACCAGAUGUAAAAGCGUUUUCAGCUGUGUACCCAGCUCCUUUUUCCCUGCUCUGAGCAAAUACAGUUGUAGCCAUGAAGGAUAUGGUUGAGACUGAAUUACAGCUAACUAAAGGGUAUUGGAAGGGACUGGAUAGAACAGUGGGUUAAAGUAGAAGUGUGGUUAUGAACUCUUGUAAAUGGCCUGUUUUUUCUCUUGAGGUAGAUUGAGGGAAGCUAGGCUUAGUUUACAGCUGUUGGAACCAGAUUGGUAGCAGAUUCCCCCUUCCCAAUUCCUUUCCCAUACUUCCCCUUGCCCAUGUAGCCUUAGAAUUGCUCAGGCAUGCAUCUCACAGUAAAAAUUGGGCACGCUGCACCUUAAUCAAGGUCUGCCUCACCCUGUCCCUUGCUGUAGUGUAGACAAAGGAACAUUAUCAUGAGGACCUUCAGGAGUCAGUCUUAUGUUCAGGAUUUAAGGAUUAUUGGCACUUAGGAAUCCUUUUAGGCCCUGAUAGCUGAGAUCUUGGGGGUAGGUAUGGCUUAUUGCAAUAAUCCUUUGGGUCUGUUAGUGAUAUUUUAAAACUAUACAGAAUUACCCUUCUCCAGCUCACCUUCACUAUUUCUAUGAUAUGAAGCUUGUAUUCCUCUCAAAAUCAGUUGAGAGAAUAGGCUUUUGGUUUUAUAUUUAGUUCUUUUUCUUCAAAAUAGGAGAGUACCUCCAUUCUACUGGUUUGGAUACUAUAAGUACCUUGAUAUCCCCUGGACAAGUCACAUUAGGGAUCCAGCCUUAUCCAGCAUUCCAGUGGAUUGAUGGUGGUGGGAAGAUAAUUUAUUAGAAAUUAACUUCAGAUAUUUAGGAGACUAGAUCCCCGCCCCCCCCCCAACAUUGGACACUUUAACAUUAAUCAUGGCUCAGUUGUUUUUUAAAUACAAAAAAGACUCAGAGAAGGCCAUCUGAGAUCCACUCCUAGGUGAAAGUGGCUGGCUUUUAGGAUCUUCUUUUUACUUUUGAGUCUCUGGACAGUCAAAUGAUAAGACUCUAGCCUCCCAGCAAGGCUUAGGACUGCAUUGACACAUGCCUUGAAGAGGCAAUGACUAGUGUGCGUUAUCCUGUUGCUUGUAGAAUAACCACAGCCACUGCUGCUUUGGGGAGCAUACCCAAGUCUGAUUUACAGAGUAAUUUUUCUACAUCUGCCCCACAGGAGAAGUGUGGACUUUUCUGGGCUUCAUGUUAUAAAACACCUUAAGGUGCAUAACUCUCUGAACUGGGUUUCCUUCCCACCCAUCCACCAUGUUGUUGGUUUUUGUUCUUGUUCCUUAAGAAUAGCUUGUUCCUUCACCACGGUGUGUCUUUUGACAAGAUGAGGGGGAGACCAGAGUUGAUCAAAUUCCUGCCUUAGAAAGUGAUAGGUGACUGGGAGUAGUUGACAGUGGCAUUCCAAAGGCAAAAGUUGAAUGGAAAAAUGUCAUCCCUGAAUAUUUGUGAAAUGUACUUUUUAAAAAAUCCCCCCUCUCCUGAAUUCUUCCUUUACUGGGUCUCUUCCAUUUCCCUCCUUCCCAUCCAUUCCCUCCCUACCUCCCCCACCCCCCACUCCCCACUCCCCACCCCCACCACCGGCCUGGGUUGGGUUGUGCUUCCAGAUUCCUUGAGACUUUUCAUGAGUUCGCCGCCAGACCACCUGCUGCUUUGGCAGGUCCCCCUGGAGACUCCACAAGGUAUGUUCCCCAAACUCCACAGAGGAGACCGAUUACACCUAGUCCUGAAUCUGAGCACUGAGCCAUGAGGCCUGCCCUUCUUCCCUAUCACAAACCUGUCCUGUUCCCAAUCAGUAUUUCCCCCUCCUGUGAGUAUGGGUAUGUGUGCAUACUCCCUCCUUUCCCUUCAAGAUGUUGCCUCGUACAUUUUUGGAAAAGCUUUGGGUGUAAAUCAGUGUAUGCUGGGAGGAGAGAUUUUUCUAUCUUGUAGAGUAGGUAUUUUUUAUAGACUGAAGGUUGAUCAAUUUUUUAAUACUUUCAAGAGAGCAAACUGUAUCUGUAUACACAUUAAAUAUAUAUAUAUAUAUGUAUAAAUAUAUAAAUAUUGAAGCUCAGCCUUUCUCCACUUGGGGUAAUGUAUCCCUGGUGACACACAGCCUUUUUGUUUUCUGUUGAUCACUAAGAGGUACUGUAAAUGUAAAUAAGACUCGCCGGGAAAAGCUUAAAGACAAAACAAAAACCAACAAGCAAACAAAAAAAACAAAGCACUGACUUGACCACUGACCAUGCUUUAACCCUCUCCCCCCACCCCUCCAAGGAAAAUGACUUCCAGGUGAAGUUCCUGGGCCCCUGGUACGUGAAAGGAAUGCCGAAGAAAAGGUGACCAAUGUGGUCUUCAACGAUGUACCAAUUGUCCGAUUAAAAGCUGUUACCGUCAA